AUGGUCAACGACCGGUGGAAGACCAUGGGCGGCGCUUCCCAACUUGAGGACCGGCAGCGUGACAAGCCGCAGCGGCUGAGCUGCGGCUACGUGCUGUGCACGGUGCUGCUGUCCCUGGCGGUGCUGCUGGCCGUGGCUGUCAUCGGCGCCUUGCUCUUCCUGAACCACGCCCGCACGCCCGGUACGGCGCCCCCGCCCGUCGUCAGCACCGGGCCGGCCGGCGCCAACAGCGCCCUGGUCACUGUGGAGAGGGCCGACAGCUCACGUCUCAGCAUCCUCAUUGACCCGCGCUGCCCCGACCUCGCCGACGGCUUCUCCCGCCUGGAGGGCGCGCAAGCCUCGGUGCUGCGGGCACUGAGCGAGCAGCAGGCCAGGCCGAGGCUGGCGGGCGAGCAGGAGCAGGAGCUGCUGGACACCCUGGCUGCACAGCUGCCCCAGCUGCUGGCCCGCGCCGCGGAGCUGCAGGCCGAGUGCGCCGGGCUGCGGAGGGGCCACGGCGCUCUGGGCCAGGGGCUCAGCGCCCUGCAGAGCGAGCAGGGCCGCCUCGUCCAGCUUCUCUCCGAGAGCCAAGGCCACAUGGCUCACCUGGUGAACUCCGUCAGCGAUGUCCUGGACGCCCUGCAGAGGGACCGGGGGCUGGGCCGGCCCCGUGUCAAGGCUGAUCUUCAGAGGGCGCCUGCCAGGGGAUCGCGGCCCCGGGGCUGCGCCAAUGGCUCUCGGCCACGCGACUGUCUGGACGUCCUCCUGAGCGGCCAGCAGGAGGAUGGCAUUUACUCCAUCUUCCCCACACACGACCCGGCCGGCUUCCAGGUCUACUGCGACAUGCAUACGGGCGGGGGCGGCUGGACGGUGUUCCAGCGCCGGGAGGAUGGCUCCGUGAACUUCUUCCGCGGCUGGCAGGCCUACCGGGACGGCUUCGGCAAGCUCACGGGGGAGCACUGGCUAGGGCUCAAGAGGAUCCACGCGCUGACCGCACAGGCCGCCUACGAGCUCCACGUGGACCUAGAGGACUUCGACAACGGCACGGCCUACGCCCACUACGGCAGCUUCGGCGUGGGCCUGUUCUCCGUGGACCCCGAGGAGGACGGGUACCCGCUCACCGUGGCCGACUACUCGGGCACCGCAGGGGACUCCCUCCUGAAGCACAGCGGCAUGAAGUUCACCACCAAGGACCGCGACAGUGACCACUCGGAGAACAACUGCGCCGCCUUCUACCGCGGCGCCUGGUGGUACCGCAACUGCCACACGUCCAACCUCAACGGGCAGUACCUGCGCGGCGCGCACGUCUCCUACGCCGACGGCGUCGAGUGGUCCUCCUGGACCGGCUGGCAGUACUCGCUCAAGUUCUCCGAGAUGAAGAUCCGGCCGGUCCGAGAGGACCGCUAGACCGGUGCCCUCAGGCCCCGCCCCCGCCCCAUCCCCAUGCCCCGCCCCGCCCCAUCCCGCUCCUGCUGGAAUGUUCCACCCGCCGGCGCAUGGCUGACCGGCUUGGGCCGGCUAACGACACUGAGUCACCCUGGGCGGGGAGGUCACACGUCACCUCCACGCUGUCCCCACCCGCCCAAUUUGCCUCUGCUGAUGAGGGGCCGAGCAAACGACCCCAUAUUCUACCUGCCAGACUUUGGCUCCCGGGCUGUCUGCCGUCUCCUGGCCGGGAGUCUGCCACGCGCCCGGCAGGCCCCUCCAGUCCGAACACGCGGAGUUACGGGGCGCGGAGAAGGGCAGACACACCCCUGGAGCCCCUUUAGCCGAUCAGAGCACAUGGAUCUUUCUGAGUCGGAUGGAUCCGAGGCCAGCUCCUCUGGCCCGCCUGCCCGGCCCCUCCCUCGUUUCCAUGGUGCCUGGAGCUCCCACCUCUCCCCCCAGGACUGGGGUGUGGCUGAUGCUGGGGCUGCCUGAGGCCUUGGGCUGGGGCGAUGAAUCCUGCCGUGACCCCAGGCCAGGCUGGCGCAGAUGCCUGCGGAGACUCACGCCCCGAGGUGACCCCCCCCCAUCCACCCUGUGUCCCCGCAGGCCUGGAGGUCUCCAGUCCCCUCGGCUGCCCUGCCCAGCCCCCUGCCUUCCUGGGGCAGCGCAGCCGCCCCGCCCAUGUUCUUCUGCCCCAGGAGGUGGAGGCAGGUCGUGUACCACUGGGCAGAUGAGGGCUUCUUGAUUUUCGGGGCUGCACCACCCCCACUACUGAUUUCCAGGGACUACAGGACCCCGGGCCUCCUGGGAGCAGGCCUGGAGUGUGGAGGCUGGACCUGAAGGGGUUUGGUGGCUGUCACCCCAUCAACCUGGAGACUGCUCUCUCAGUGGGGAGGUGGCCCCCUGCUGUGACUGUAGAUGCUGCCACCUCGGGUCGGGGGAAGGGACCUCACUGGGCAAAUGGGGGAGACCGAAGCACCGGCCAGGCCCUCAGAGGCAUUUUCUCAUUGAGUCUGCCCAGUGUGCUGUCAUUGGCGCCCUUCCCUCCUGGCCCCCAAGAACCACAGGUUCCCAAGGUCAGUGCUGCAAAGGGCAGGGUGGGUGCCAGCCCUCAACCCUGCUCAGCAGCCUCAGGCCCCUGACGCCUGUGUGGUCAGAACCGAGUGCAGGGCUGUUUCUCGAGUUCCCGUCUAGGAGGACCUGAUGGGAGCCUGUGAGAGGGCUAGGGAGUCAGCCU